CACACAUACACACACACACACACACAGCGGAGACGCGGCGCUGGCGGCAGUCGCUGCUCUCUCUCUAUCUCUCUCUCUCACCUGCGCUGCUGAGCGCUGGCCGGUCGCUUGAGCCGGAGACGGGGAUCCGGCGGAACCUCCGCGGCUGAUGCUCGGCGCAUCUUCCUCGGGCUGACUCCGGCAAGACUCCGGGACCAUGCAACACGGAUGGCUCCAGUGCUGAGCCGAGGCUGUGGGCUGACAGCCGCGGAUGGACCAUGCCAGGACCCGGGGAGCGCCGAAACUGCAAUUUGUAAGGAGACAACAAUUUCUGCUAACCCGGGAGAGGAAGGGAAGAGAGACAGGUUGCAAUAGGAUUAUUGCAACAGUCCGGAUCGCAAUAGAAUGUGCCUUCAAGUGAAAUAAACCAGAGGUCAUUUCGUUCCAUCAGAAUUAGAUGGGAACAGUUUGUUUCAAAGGUUCAUGCCAUACUUGGAGUGAAAAAAUGUCUCUCAACUGUUCCCGGAGCAGCAUUGCUGUUAGAGAUGGCUUUCUGGUCCAACGCAACUGUUCCACCAUAUAAAGUAUCGCAACGCUUGCUCUUCGCCUUCACGCUCUCCCUCUCGCUCACUUAUGUGUGCUACACUCUGAUGAGUUGCUACACCUCCCUGCAGUUCCCCUUGCACGAAGCCGGCUACCUGUCCCACACCCGGGCCGCCCUGAGGCCGGACGAGGGGACCCCGACCACCCCUGCUACCGGGCUGCAAGCGCUCAGCUCGGCCGAGGCGACGGGCAGCGCGGCCGGACAGCCGCAGCUCAGCACGGCGCAGAACUGGCUGGAGAGGGACGUCCAGGAAUCGAGCACGCCGGACUUCGGAGUGCAACGCCUGCCACAGGCCAUCAUCAUCGGGGUGAAGAAGGGGGGGACGAGGGCUCUGCUGGAGGCUAUCCGGGUGCACCCUGAUGUCAGGGCAGUCGGCGUAGAGCCGCACUUCUUCGACAGGCACUAUGACAAGGGGCUGGAGUGGUACAGAAACUUGAUGCCGAAGACGUUGGAUGGCCAGCUGACCAUGGAGAAAACGCCCAGUUACUUCGUCACCAGGGAGGCACCAAAGCGCAUCUUCUCCAUGGCAAAGGUCACCAAGCUGGUGGUGGUGGUCAGGAACCCAGUGACCAGAGCCAUUUCGGAUUACACACAGACACUGUCCAAGAAACCCGAGAUACCCACCUUCGAGGUGCUGGCCUUCAAGAACAGGACCCUGGGCCUGAUCGACGCCUCUUGGAGCGCCAUCCGUAUUGGGAUCUACGCCUUGCACCUGGAGAACUGGCUCCAGUUCUUCCCCCUCUCCCAGAUCCAUUUCGUCAGCGGGGAGAGGCUCAUCAUUGACCCGGCCGGAGAAAUGGGAAAAGUCCAGGACUUCUUGGGCCUCAAGAGGAUCGUCACGGAUAAACAUUUUUACUUCAACAAAACCAAGGGAUUUCCGUGCCUGAAGAAACCUGAAGACAGCAGCCUGCCAAGAUGCCUCGGAAAAUCCAAGGGGAGAACUCAUCCGAAAAUAGAUCCCGAUGUAAUCCACAGACUGCGGAAGUUUUACAGACCUUUCAACGUCAUGUUCCAUCAGAUUACGGGAGAAGACUUUGAUUGGGAAAAGGAUGAAAAUCAAGAAAUCAGUUGAGGAUGUUAACAUCCAGAAGUUCAAUAGAAGGGAACCAAAAAUGGUUCCUUAUUGAAAAAAGAGAUGGAACUAAUUAAGACUAUAUUGAUCAUCUUUCAAAAUAAAGAAUGUUAAUAAGACUGUAAUUAAUUUAAAAAAAGAGGAAUGAUUUUUCAGCUAUAUUACAGAUUACCAAAGGUGUUGUGCAUAUGAAUUGUGAUUAUUUUGGAAAAUUAUUUUUCAUGUUGAGGUCAGCUCAAUUUCCUGGCCUUUUCUCGCAGUUCGCUUCAUCCAAAUCAGGUUGGUUGAUAAAGUCUACUGAGGAUGCCCC